AUGGCGCACGUUAACAUGCUCGAGUCCGAGUGUGAAGCAUCAAGACUCACAACAGGUCCUGCACAUCUCUUGACGGUUGUGCUCAUCCUCUACGGCGCGAUCCUCAUCAGCGCACUGGCAGCUCUCGCAGCCCAUGCUGUCGAGUCGGCCGUCGACAAAGCUCUGCAAGUUUACGACCGUAACUUUAAGCCACAGAAGAUGCCGAAGGGCUUUUUCAGGGUCAGCAUUAUCGAGAUGAAGAGGAUGUACACUGUCGAGUUCUGGUUCGCCGUUGCGGUCCUUGGAAUCUUCGCACUUUGCGUUGUUCCCAACCCUUUUGGACCCGCCCACUGUGGCCCAUUAAUGGAUGCGACACUCACCUAUGGACUAAGUUUGGUCGAGAAAUGCCUUGGAACCAUGCUGAGAAAGGUCGAGGAGAUUCCAGAGAUGCGUGUACGAGUCGCACAGAGGCUCAACGCACUCGGGGAGGAGAUGGAAGUGGAGAGUGAGGGGAGGCUUGCGCGAGACGAGCAGCAAACAGGAUUCGCCACUUCCUCCAGGAGAGCGAGGCCAGCGACCUUGUCGAACGUUCCGGACACAACAAGCUCUUACCAUGAUGGCUGCAAUGAAAGCACCGUAUCACAAGCUGAAGGCGCAGAGUUCCGAGCGGUCAAGCCGGACGAGGAGGACGUCAAGGAGCGCUCACAGCAGGAGGACAAGAAGGACAUUACAUCGGUGUGGGGACGAGUCGAGAUACUGAAGCGCGAAGCUGAGGAUGCAUCAAGCACGCAACGACACACAGUCCGCGCGCAGUUGAGCACGGAUGCCAGGCUCCGUCUUCAAAACCACCACAAGCUGAUGGCACUUCGUUCUGAGCUAGGACUUCAGCUCAAGGACGCUGUUCGACACGUGAGAAAUUUCAGGAGUAAGCAGGAAGAUUCGGUCGAGGAAUCUGGUACGAUUGAGGUGCAGUCUCAACACAUCGACCCCGAUGGAGAGGCUCGGGAUCUCGGCUGGGAAGUCGUCGAAGAAGGACCAGAAGAUGAGAAUUGGGACUGGCUGCCGCGUCGUGCCUGA